AUCAAACAUCUAAUCGAAGAGUGUACUGAGUGCUUCUUUAUGACAUUUCUCCCAAACGGAACUAUUUGUCUGAGCAGACCGUACGCAUAUUUUGCCAAAUGACAGAACGAAUGUAUUUUCGUUGGCGUAUUCGUUCCAAAAAGAAAAACACGUGUGAGCACGCAACGUAUACUAAAAUGGGUGAUUCAAAGACUCAACAUGGUACACAGGAGAUGAAAGGCUGGCUUUUUAAAUGGACUAAUUAUUUAAAAGGUUAUCAACGAAGGUGGUUCGUCCUGUCAAAUGGCCUACUGUCGUAUUACAGUGCCUUAAAUAGUCUAUGUUUAAGAAUAUAAUAAAUAAAAUAUAACACUAAAUUUAACAGUUUGAAGUUGCAUGUAUAUAAUAAACGGCCAGUGUGCAGAUUCAAUUAUGGAUAUUAUUAUAUAUGGUUUAUCCAAGUAUAUUUAAUUAAAAUUAAUCAUAAUUUCGUUUAAAACUCAUAUUUACAUAUUCCAUACUUAUCCAUUCUAGUACAAGCAAUAUAUCCUGAGCAUGUACAUGCCACAAAACACAUUGAAAUUUAUAUUUAAAAAAAAUUAGAAAGUAUUGAAAGAAAUAUUGAUUGGUCAGAAAGACCAUAUAUUUUGUAUAUAUAUUCGCUUACAUUUGUCAUACGCAUCAGAGAAAAUUUAUUGCAUAUUUGCCUUCUACUUUUUUCUUUUUUUCAGUACAAUAAAAUUUUAUAUUUAAUAAUUUUAUUUACUUCUGUAUGUAAUUUAUGAAUUAUAUUAUUGAAGAAAAUUAUUUAGAAAGAAUUAGAAAUAUUGUUUAAUCAUUAUUAAUCAUAAAAAGUUUAUAAGUUUAUAAUUAUUUAUUUCUGCGAAUAAAAUUCGAUCUUUCAAUCUCAGAAUUACUGAUCGUGGAUACAGGUGAGAAAAUACUAAGGAAUAUAACAUAUAUGCCUCGAAAAUUCUACUAUUCAAUUUCUUUAUAUUUAGAACAUCCACGUUCCCUGACAACAUGCAAUGCCUAGAUCUUCUUUUAAUUUUCCGCUUGGCACAGUUGUGUGAUUUGAGUUUGCAAUAUCUCGCAAAUUGCAAAAACAGUAUGUCCUGCAAUUUUAUUUUUACACAAACUACAACUUUGUGAACGUCAAAAUGCUUCUCGCACAAAGUAUUGUACUUAUACGCAACGCACGAACGUGAUGGUUGCACUAUUGCUAUAUAAAAAGGAAAGAAAGGUAGAAUGAAAGAGAAAGAGAGUAUGAGUAUAGAGAGAAAGGAAAAGAGUGGAAGAAAAGGCAACAAUAAAAUAAAUAUGAACGAAAGAAGGAACAUCGCAAUAUCGCGAAAAUCCAAGUAGGAUAAAUAGGAACAGAAAAAAAUAUAUAGAUAUUUUAUUCUCGAAACAGAAAAAAACAAAAAAAUAUCGUUUUUAUACAAUGUUA